CUGAAGUAACCUGAGUAACCUGAGAUAUCUGGCGUUCUGAGGUUGUCUGAGGCUACCCUAUCAGCCCGUCAGAUGUUCAGGAAGUGCCGGUUUUGCUGAUGCCUGAAGGCCUAUCGGGGCCAUACCACGAGAUGGAGGAUGGACAGGUGAAGGAGCACGGGCUGUUGGUGACUAUUGAGCAGGGGGUGAAGGUGGCGGAUAUGCUGAAGGCGGUGAAGGGCGCGUUUGUGGAGGAGGGCACGGUGCAUGUGCACGUCCGAGUCCCUGCUGUUUGAAGAGUUGAUGGUACACCGAAUCAAUACUCUGGGAACCCGAUUUUCGAGUGCUGACAUGUGCCU